GCGGCAGCGAGCGGAUACUGUACCAAGAAGACAAGUGGAGUAGGCCAGCAUGUGCAAGGUGGAGGAGAAGAGCAGCCUGCCGCCCAUGGCCCCCGUGGAGCCGCAGGCCACCAAGCCCAAGUUCGUGCUGCCCCACGAGCCGCAGAGCGACUUCCACUGGACGCCCACGGACGAGCCGCACGCCACGCGCCGCAAGCUCAUCAUGGCCAAGUACCCGGAGGUCAAGAAGCUCUUCGGCCACUGCUGGAAGACCAAGUACAUCAUCACCGCCACCGUGGCGCUGCAGACGUACCUGGCGCUCACGGCGCAGUACAUGUCGUGGCCCGUGUACAUGUUCCUCAUGUACGUCGUGGGCGGCACGGCCAACCACGCCAUGAUGCUGGGCAUGCACGAGGUGUCGCACAACCUGGCCUUCAAGAAGCCCUUCCACAACAAGCUGCUGGGCAUCUUCGCCAACCUGCCCGUCGGCGUGCCGUCCUCCGUCUCGUUCAAGCGCUACCACCUCGAGCACCACCGCUACCAGGGCGAGGACGGCGUGGACGUCGACCUCCCCACGGAGUUCGAGGGCAAGAUCUUCACCAACAAGUCCACCAAGCUGCUCUUCGUCAUCUUCCAGGUCUUCUUCUACGGCGGCCGCCCGCUCAUCGUCAACCCCAAGGUGCCCGGCGUCUGGGAGUUCUUCAACGCCACCGCUUGCCUCAGCUACAACUACGCCAUCUACGUGUUCGGCGGCUUCUCGGGCCUGCUCUACCUGCUCGUCGGCACGAUGCUCGGCUGCGGCAUCCACCCGGUCGCGGGCCACUUCAUCGCCGAGCACUACGAGUUCGUGCUGGGCUACGAGACGUACUCGUACUACGGCAUCCUCAACCGCGUCACGUUCAACGUGGGCCUGCACAACGAGCACCACGACUUCCCGUUCGUGCCCGGCUCGCGUCUGCACCAGGUGCGCGCUCUGGCCCCCGAGUUCUACGAGAACCUGCCGAGCCACAAGUCGUGGACCAAGGUGCUGAUCGACUACGUCAUGAACGACAACAUCAACGCCUACUCCCGCGUCAAGCGCCACAACCUCUCGGACGAGGUCAAGGACAAGAUGAAGAGCGACUAGAUGGACGGACGGACGGACGGACCCCGUGGACGCGUCGUGUCGUGCGCGAGGGGAGCGCUGGUGUUGUUGCCCCCGCCCGCUGCAAUUUCGAUCGGCCGACUCGCGUUUUGUAUCAAUCCAUGUCGCUAGGGAUUUUGUGCUAACAAAUAUCAAUAACAACGGCAAAUGUAUCUUUGAACAAA